AACAAAUCGUUGAUCUAUUUUUGCGACGUACAUUAACGCUGGUCGUGGGAAGGGGAAGCGUGCAUUGGCAAGAAGAAGCUGAUAAAGGUGACCCGCUUUGUCUACCGAGAAUGGGACGGAAAUAGCCCAAUCGUAGGAGAGACACACACUUAGUAAGCCUACAGGCACAGAACAGGACAACGAACUGUCGCGCACUGGCGGCGCAAUAGCACACACCGCUUUGGGGACCGUGCACAACGUCGGAAGUAUGAGUGUGUGGAGGAGAAGAAGCAGAAGGAAGAAAAAAUGUCACAUAGUUUUGCCAGCAGCCCCUCGAACGGGCGGGUGGAAAGUCAUCGCAACUGCGCUGAUUCGUUCAAGUUCAAAGUCGCUACACGCCCGAAGUCCCGCAACGAUGCCAUCUGUUCGGGCGCACACAGCCCCCUGGGUGCCGCAGCCGGAUCCCCGGAGCCUGUGGCUGACUGGCUGGCUGAUGAUAACCCGCACGUUCGGCAGGCUGACCCCUGUAGGCACGUAAUCAGCGAACGGUCCCCACGCCAGGGGCCCCACUGGACCACGGGCGGGUAUUUAAGGGCGCUCGCAAGCACACCAACGUUUUAGAAGCUCAGUGGCACUGUGCUGUACCCCGGCCUGGGAGUGAAAACGGUGCAAAUCGGUUCCCGCAACUUCGUGAAGUGCAAAACGUAAAAUCGCAAAACGUCGCGCGUGUCUCUGUCACACAGAAUGAGUAAUCGCAAUAAUCGCAUCGUGUCGGCCGGCGAGCAGCAGCUGCCAACGCCGUUCAAGCUGUGGGGCGGCCGCUACUCCAAAGCAACCGACCACGUCCUGUCGAAGGUGAACAACUCGCUCACCGUCGACAAGCGGCUCUACUCGGAGGACAUCGACGGGUCGAUCGCGUACGCGAAGAGUCUGGCCGAGGCGGGCCUGCUGACGCAGAGCGAGUUUAAGGUGAUCGUGUACGGGCUGGACGCGAUACGGGACGAGUGGAGCAAGGGCACGAUCAAGCUGCUGCCGCGCGACGAAGACGUCCACACGGUGAACGAGCGCCGGCUGUUCGAGAUCAUUGGGCCGCAGAUCGCGGGCAAGCUGCACACGGGCCGCAGCCGCAACGAGCAGGUCGUGGUGGACAUGAAGCUGUGGAUGCGCAAUGCGAUCGCCGACCUGCAGCGCCUGCUGGUGGAGCUGGUCGGCGCCAUCAACGAGGUGGCCGACCGGCACAUCGACGUGCUGAUGCCGGGCUACACGCACAUGCAGCGGGCCCAGCCGGUCCGCUUCAGCCACUGGUUGCUGAGCUACGCGUUCUACUUCAAGGAAGAUUUCGACCGGUUCGAUGAGUUCGGGCGCCGGAUGAACGUGCUGCCGCUGGGCAGCGGGGCGCUAGCCGGCAAUCCGUUCAACAUCAACCGCCACAAGCUGGCGGCCGAUCUCGGCUUCGACGGCGUGUCCCCGAACAGCAUGAACGUGGUGAGCGAUCGGGACUUUGUGGUGGAGUUUAACUUCCUCUGCACGCUGGUCGCCGUCCACAUGAGCCGGCUGGCGGAGGAUCUGAUCCUGUACGCGACCAAGGAGUACAACUUUAUCGAGCUGUCGGAGGAGUACACGACGGGCAGCAGCUUGAUGCCGCAGAAGCGCAACCCGGACAGCUUGGAGCUGAUCCGCGGCAUUACUGGCCCGGUGUUUGGGCAGCACUGUGCCAUCCUGAUGACGCUCAAGGGGCUGCCGUCCACGUACAAUAAGGAUCUGCAGUGCGACAAGAGCGGCAUGUUCGCGGUGUACGACCAGAUGCAGAUGUGUCUGGUGCUGAUCGGUGGCAUCAUUCAGACGAUGCGGGUGGACGAGGAUCGUUGUCUCAGCUCGCUCGGGUACGAGAUGCUCGCGACCGAUAUGGCCUACUAUCUGGUGCGGCGUGGCAUUCCCUUCCGGGAGGCACACCACAUCUCCGGCGAGGUAGUCGCCCACUCGGAAAAGGUAAAGAUCCCCAUUAACAAGCUGACGCUGGAGGAUCUGCAGGAAAUUAGUCCACACUUUGACGAAACGAUCAGCCGCAUCUGGAACUACGAGAACAGCGUGGAGCAGUACACGGUGGUUGGCGGUACAUCGCGCCUGUCGGUGCAGGAACAGAUCCGGGUGCUGCGUGCGUUCGUGGAGGGACACGUACCGAGCUAAUUAGUGAGUCCAUCGAAGCAGACGACGAACCCCGAACGUUUCUUUCGCCAGAAAACCCCCCCAACCCGUAGUCAGUAAAACGAGUCGAUAUAACGCACUCUCUCUCUCUCUUUAGAUAUGUAUGUAUGUAUAUUUACGCAAGUAGUAGUAGUAGCAGUAGUAGUAGUAGUAGUAGUAGCAGUGUAGUAGUAAUUGUAGUAGGCUACCAAAUAUUACAUUGUGAUCACAGGAUUGCCCCCUGACGACAGUGCGCGAUCCUCUCGAAACGCAUGCAAGUGUGUUGCUACAGUUUGCUCUUGAUAUCUUGAUCGUUUGUCAAACGCGAACUACUCCCCCCCCAUUCGGCAGGAAGGAGCAGCUACCUUACUCCGUUGUUUGUGUUAAUGUUAGUGAGAGCACAUGUCGGACCUUAUGCACUAAGUGUGUUCGCAAGAAAGGAAAGUAAAAAAAAAAAAACACUACAAUGAAAAGGGCAAUAAUAAAUCUUUCGUUUUCGUAACAUUAA